GGUAGCGAGCGGCGGCAUGCUGCGGCUGCUGGCGUUGGGCUGCGCCCGAGGCGCGGGGGCCCGCGUGGUGGCGCAUCCCGGGAGCCGCAAGGUCUCCGACACCCGGCGGAACCAGCCCGCCAGCUCGGAGGCGGCGGCCGGGCUGGAGGGCGUCUGCUCCAUGCUGCGUCUGCCCCUGCAGGCCUCCCCCGAGGGGCUGGACGCCGCCUUCGUCGGGGUGCCCCUGGACAGCGGCACUUCCCACCGGCCCGGGGCAAGGUUUGGACCCUGCCGCAUCCGUGAGGAAUCAGUGCUGCUUCGGGCUGUCAAUCCCAGCACGGGAGCCCUCCCCUUCCAGUCCCUCAAGGUUGCAGACCUAGGCAAUAUGAAUAUCAAUCUUUAUAACCUCCAGGACAGCUGUCGGCUAAUUCGAGAGAUGUUUCAGCACAUUGUAACAGCUGGCUGCAUUCCUCUGACCUUGGGCGGCGAUCACACAAUCACAUAUCCCAUAUUGCAAGCAGUGGCAAAAAAGCAUGGCCCUGUGGGUCUAGUGCAUGUGGGUGCCCACACGAACACAGCUGACAAGGCCCUGGGAGAGACGGUCCAUCACCGGGUGCCCUUCCGCCGAAGUGUGGAUGAGGGACUGCUAGACUGUAAGCGUGUGGUGCAGAUUGGCAUCCGGGGCUCUUCCAUGACCUUGGAUCCCUACAGAUACAGCCGGAGCCAGGGCUUCCGGGUGGUCCUGGCUGAAGACUGCUGGAUGAAGUCACUGAUUCCUCUGAUGGCGGAGGUCAGGCAGCAGAUGGGGGGCAAGCCGCUUUACAUCAGCUUUAGCAUAGAUGCUUUGGAUCCUGCCUAUGCCCCAGGAACAGGGACACCCGAGAUUGCUGGGCUCACCCCUAGUCAGGCUCUGGAGAUCAUCCGGGGCUGUCAAGGCCUGAAUGUGGUGGGCUGUGAUCUCGUGGAAGUUUCCCCACCGUAUGAUCUUUCUGGUAACACGGCCCUCUUAGCUGCUAACCUACUGUUUGAGAUGCUGUGUGCUCUCCCCAAAGUGACAACUGUCUGAGUCUGUGUUCUUCGAGAUAAAACAGACUCUCAUGGACAGGAUCUCAAGGAUUUGUGAGUGAACAGUUUGAGUACUGGAGUUUACUCCAGUAAAGCUUCCUUCUGUCAUCAGUGGCUCUGAAGUAAGGACAUUCAGAACUUUAACCCAAGCAGCUCCUGUUUCUUAGGAGAGAUGCUUACUUAAAAGUAGUAGCUCCAGGUACAGUGGUGCGCCCUGGUGAGUGCCUGCAAUCCCAGCACUUGGGAGGCUGAGGAUUGCCACAAGGUUAAGGUUAAUCAAGGCUAUUCAGCAAGAUUGCAGGACUGUCUCAGAAGGUCAAAAUAAACAAAACCACCCCCAUUUAUGCUGCUUUUCCCUUUGAUGAAAGAUGGUAGAGGGUGAAGGAGACGGGGAUGGAGAAUUUCAUUCAAGGAGAUCUAAAAUGAAAGGAAUAAAAAAAAAAAAAAGCCUUGUGAGAUAAUACUAUACAAAUAUUCCAUA